AAAACAAGCCGAGGCAAAAUCUACAAAAUUAGAGAGCAAAGAAACGAUUUAUAGACCUAACUCCCCGGCCAAGAAAGAAACAAACAACGAUUUCUGCGAAGGCUGCAAUUCUCUAAUAGUCAAGCGAAUAAAGACUGCGUUUGCUGCUGCUGCUGUAUAGGGUUCCGGGCGGCCAAUUAUUCUGGAUCUCAACGCCGGCGAUCACCAUGGUUCUUCUACAGCCAGACCCUUUUCUCAAUGAGCUUACAAGCAUGUUCGAGCACAGCACUGAAAAAGGCUCUAUCUGGGUCACUCUUAAACGAUCGUCAUUGAAGUCUAAGGUCCAGAGGAAUAAGAUGAAAACUGCCGGAGAAGAAAUCGAGUAUCGAUGUCUUAUUCGCGCAACGGACGGGAAAAAGACGAUUUCAACUUCAGUGUUAAAGUUAUUGAUUAUUAUCUACGUACUUAGACAACUCAAUAAUGUUGAUGUUGAUGGUCUGCAUAACGAAUGGCCUUUUAUGGCAAGAGUACUCUGCAGAUGGUACGUAGGCUUUGUAAAUUUCCUUUUUCCAAAUAUUCCCAUCGUUAGAAGAUAAAAUAACACACAUAUUUCUACGAAAAUAGUGCUUGAAGAGGACUUUAUGGUGGAAUUAUUUACUGUUGCCUGGUCUAUGCUAGAUUAGAGUUGAUAAAAAAUUAGCUUAUAAUUAUAUACAUUGGGGUAAGGUAAGAAGGGUUGAAUUCAGUAUAGAGAAGUGCUGAGUGUUUGGUGCGGUGUAUUUUUUAUGGAUGAUUUUUCACCUGUCCAUCUUUUUGAGUUAUUCCUGCAUUUACCAUGCAGUAUCGAGUAUUUAGGCUUUAUUCUCAGUUUAAGAAAGUUUAGGCUUUGUGUAAUGCUCUUAGCCUCUUACUAUCAGAGCAGUUUUUAAAUUCUGCUUCUAGUUUGGAUGCUCUUUUGAUUGGUACAGUUGAUGCCAUCUCUUUAAGAGUACAAUUGAAGAGUCAAAUGCCUGUCAGAGCACUAAAUUUGACAAAGCUAGAGGAAACAGAAAAUUGUAUGUUAAAAUAGGCCGUAAGAUUACUAGAACCUGUUGUAGAUCAAUAACUUUGAAUAGCCAUACUAUCAUAAACUUGAUAAAAAUAUAGAAGUUUUCCCCGUAGAAUUUCUGCCAAUUCAGGGCCUGGGUGGGGAUAAAUAGAAGAGUAGAAAAAUUACUUGAGGACCAUAUUGAUGUUUUAAGGAUUGAAACUAACUAAUAUGACAUAUUUAAUAUUUCUCCCUGUGGGUUUUUAGUCUUUGUACUCAAAUUUGAUAGGCUUUGAGAAAGACUUAAUUCAUAUCCGUCAAGGUCUUUUUUUUUUCUCUUGUAAGAUUUUGAUGCUAUGCAUAUAUUUUUUCAAUUGAGCCUGGCUGAUUAUUUUCCUGG